AUGGAUUUCGACGAUGAAUUAUUAGGAAAAACAGUCAUCUUAGGAAAUAUAACUUAUGAACUCGAUAAACUCAGUCCUGAAGAACGCUUCCGUGUUCAACAUGAAGCAAUACAUGAAAAACAUAAAGGACAUGAAGCGAUGCACAUGGAAAUGAUACUCGUUCUACUUAUUUCACUCAUUCUCUGCCAAUUUGUAUUAUUACUAUGGAAAAAUUAUCAUAUUCGAUCCUAUCAAUUUUUCACUCUUCUUGCCAUGUGGUUAAUUCCAUUUGGACUAUCCAUCAGAUUUAUUUACAUUCGUUUCAUAAUCAUCUGGUGUUGUUUUACUGGCAUAACCUUUUAUGUUACACGGCGAGCAACGAGACAACCGAUCGAACCAAACACACCAAGAUUGGUGUAUAAGUGGUUUCUGCUUGUCUAUAAAGUCUCAUAUGGUCUUGCUAUAGCGGGGUAUUUUCUUAUAAUGAUGACUUUUAUCGGUAUUAAUAGUCUGCUUUUGAUAUCUCCACAGACUUCACUUGAUUUUGGAAUUUUAAGCAUGUUCUAUGGAAUCUACUAUGGAGUACUCGGUCGAGAUAUGGCUGAAUCUUGUACGGAUCGAAUGGCGUCGAAAAUAGGAUAUUAUUCCGAAAGUGGUCUUCCAAAACGUGCACUAGAAUCGAAUACAUGCGCAGUUUGUGCUAAUCCGAUUCUUGUUCAAAAUAACGAUGAAGCGUUAAUUGAACGAACAUAUAAAUUACAAUGUGGACAUACAUUUCAUGAAUUUUGCAUACGUGGUUGGUGUAUUGUUGGUAAAAAGCAAACAUGUCCAUAUUGUAAAGAGAAAGUGGAUCUAAAAAGAUUGUUCCCGAAUCCGUGGGAGAAACCGCAUGUGCUGUACGGAAAUCUACUUGACUGGAUUCGAUACUUAGUCGCUUGGCAACCGUUGAUUCUUCUAAUUGUUCAAGGUGUUAAUUAUAUUCUUGGACUCGAAUGA